AUGGCGGCCAGCAGCAGCCAGCAGCGCGCCGCCGCCAUUGCCGCGCUCCUGGUGCUCGCCGGCCUUCUCCUAGCUCUCUGUGGCCUGACGCUGUCGGCUUCCGUCGCCGGCCUCGCCUUCGCGGUGCCUCUGCUGCUGCUCCUCAGCCCCGUGCUCGCCCCCGCGACGCUGCUGGCCGGGCUGCUCGCCGCGGCGUCGGCGGCGCUGGCCCUCGGGGCCCUCUCCAUCCUGUCACGCCUGCUGCGCAGCGUGGCGGCAGACGACCACGACCUUGUGGAGGAGGGGAAGCGGCGCGUCGGGGAGGUGGCGGCGGCCGGGGAGAGGACGCCGCACGCCGCGCUGGCCCGGGGGCAGGGCGGCACCGACCACAAGAAGGCCGACAACUACUACCACUACGUCGCCGGCCGUAUGGUGCCGAACGCAUGA